AUGCAAGACUCACCACAACCCUCCACCGCGAACAUCGCAGUCGCAUGCGCUCUCGUCGCAGGUGUCACUGGCUACUUUCUCGGACAAGCGAAAUCUCUAGGUCUUUUUGGAGGAAGCCCCAUCACGGAGGCUCCGCAAGAGAAACGCAAAGCGGAGGAGUCGGACGAAUCGAGCGAUGAAGAAGACGACACGGCGCCUGCCGACUUUCCAGACCACCCAGAAGAAUGCAAACUGGUGCUGGUAGUGCGGACAGAUUUGGGCAUGACGAAGGGCAAAAUCGGCGCUCAGUGUGGCCACGCGACUCUUGCCUGCUACAAACAAUUCCUCCGUGCCGCACCCAACUCGCCUAUACUCCGCCGCUGGGAACGAUCGGGACAGGCCAAGGUUGCGCUGCAGGUCAAAAGCGAGGAGGAACUCGAAAUGCUGCAGGCGCAGGCAGUCAGCUUGGGGGUGGUUGCACAUAUCAUACACGACGCAGGGCGGACGCAGAUAGCCAGUGGCAGCGCAACCGUCUUGGGGAUCGGUCCAGCACCGAAGGGUAUCAUUGAUCAGGUCACGGGGCAUCUGAAGCUGCUGUAG